AUGGUUAAACACCGCGCUCGCCCACCUAUGGGCUCCCUUAACUCAAUGGCCUCGAACAUCCGCAAUCAAAAAGCCACGUCUACCAACAAGCUUUCGGGUACCGGCGCGUCGCUAGCUAGCCAGGCGAAGAAAUUUUCGGACGAUGAUAGCGAAAGCGGAAGCGACACGAGUUCAGAGGAUAGUGAUGGAAGCAGCAGCGAUAGUGGUAGCGAUCUAGAGGCUGCAAAGAAGAAGUUAUUGGCGAAACAGGCUAGCAAGAAGAAGGAUGCUAAGCCGAAUGCAAAACCAACCAAUCCGACAUCUACGAAUGCGAAAGCCCCGUCAGAGCCAACUCCCACCGCCAAGGCUGCCAAUGCAGACGCUUCUGAUUCCGACUCCGAUAGCUCAGACUCUGGCGACGCUCCAGCGAAAGGUGCUGCCGUAAAGGAAGCAGACAAGGCCGAGAGCUCUAGUGAGAGUGAGUCGGAUAGUGAGAGCUCUGAAGAAAGUGAUAGUGAGGAUGAGACAACUGGUGCCCAAGCCAAGGCCCCAAAACCUGCCGAACCUGAGUCUUCCAGCGACGACUCUAGUGACGAAGAGUCUGACGAUGAUGAGCCACAAGCUAUGGACGUUGACACCAACGAUGCAGCUGUAUCUAGAGUCAAUGGUAACACUGCUGUCGAAGAAACGAAUACUCAAGUCUCUCGGCCCGCCUGGCUUGACAACUCCAACUUUGUGCUUCGUAAGGCUUCAUCCGACAAUCCUGGCAAAGAAGUCACCGAUUUUUUCAACAAGACAAAUCUCGAAGGCAAACAAGUGUGGUACUUCACAGCGCCAGCGUCCUUGCCCAUUACGGUUUUGAAGGAUAUGGAAAUCGAUCUUUCCAAAGCCACAACUGGGGAAGCACUUCUUAACCAUAAGGGCGAUAACUAUAGCUUGGAUAUUGAGUCGCAUGCCACUAGCACUCAAAUUCAAUUACUUAUUCCGUCUCAAGGUGGUGAUAAGUACAGUGCUCUAAAUCGCGGGAUUGAUUCGACUGUACACAUCCGUCGAAAGGCAACUUUUGGUCCCAACGGCGCUACUAGUGCUACCGCCACGGACGACUACACGCCAAUCCCCAAAGCCAUCCGAGACCAACCCCAGGGUCUUAGACCACGUUUCACUCCCAUCGGUGUUCCCAACCCAGCCCUACCGCAGAUUCAAUUGCCGAAGCCGCAAUCCACUCCGGCGCAAGAUGAUUCUUCCGAAAGCGAAUCGGAAAGCGAGUCUGACGAGGAGGUAGCUGCACCCAAGCCCAAGAAACCAGAGGUUACCAACGGAAAUUUAAAGCGAAAGCACCCUGGAGGCGAGAAAGCGGCCUCAAAGCGACCCAAGACCACCACGACCAUUUCCAAUAAGGUCUCUUCAGUCGCUCCGGCAUUUCAAGUAAAUGGUACGGCAGCGAAGGUGCAAACUCCUGCAAAGAAAGAGAAGAAGAAGGAUAAAUAUCCAGUCUCCGCGACAAAGCAAACUCCCGUUCCCGUACCCACGAUUCCUAGCAUGAAACGCUAA